AUGCCAGCAACAAACGGUCAUCAACCUUUAACCAAACAAGAUUCAAAAUCAACAGCGAUUGUCGAAGUGAACAGUCUCAGCGAGGAUAACCAACACAUCAAUCCGGCUGAUCAUGAUGGUGUAACAUCAGACUAUUCGAUUCAUGUCGAGAGCAAAAAUACGACAUAUUCUAAUGAGUAUAUCGAAAGCAAGUAUACCUACGAAAUGAAUCAUUGCCAAGUCGAUCAAAAUACGAAACAUGUGAAGAUUAUUCCACGGAAAUAUCACUACACAUUUCGUACUAAACGACAAGUCCAACGUACAGGAGUUAUGCUUGUUGGUUGGGGCGGAAAUAAUGGUUCGACAUUCACAGGUGCAAUUAUUGCCAAUCGAGGAAAUAUAUCAUGGAUGCGUAAAGAAGGUGAGCAACGUUCAAAUUAUUAUGGUUCAUUAACUCAAUCGACAACUAUUCGAAUCGGUAGUAACGAUGAAGGUAAAGAAGUUCAUAUCCCGUUCAAUACAAUUCUGCCGAUGUUACAUCCGAACGAUCUGGUCAUUGGUGGAUGGGAUAUCAAUGAAUCCAACUUGUAUGAAGCAAUGAGACGAGCAUGCGUUUUCGAUUAUGAAUUACAAGAAAAAUUGAAAUCUGCUAUGAGUCAAUUGAAACCAUUGCCGUCGAUUUAUUACCCGGAUUUUAUUGCUGCUAAUCAAGAAGAUCGAGCGAAUAACUUAAUUCCGAAAGGAAGUAAACAACAGGAUCUGGAACGUAUCCGAAAUGAUAUUCGAGAAUUCAAGAAAGCUCACAAUCUAGAGCAAAUCAUUGUUUUAUGGACAGCAAAUACUGAACGAUAUGUGGAUGUUCGUGCUGGCUUGAAUCAAACAAGUGAAGAAAUUCUUCAGUCAAUCGCUGCUAAUGAAGAUGAAAUAAGUCCAUCGAAUAUCUUCGCUUGUGCUGCCAUUUUAGAAGGUUGUCCGUAUAUAAAUGGUAGUCCACAGAAUACUUUAGUACCAGGUAUCAUGGACUUGGCUAAGAAACAUAAUGUGUUCAUUGGGGGCGAUGAUUUCAAAAGCGGACAGACAAAAAUGAAAUCUGUUCUUGCUGAUUUUCUCGUCUCGGCUGGCUUGAAACUUCAAUCCAUCGUUUCCUAUAAUCAUUUAGGAAAUAAUGAUGGCAAAAAUCUAAGUGCACCGCAACAAUUUCGUUCAAAAGAAAUCAGUAAGUCCAAUGUGGUGGAUGAUAUGGUUGGCGCAAAUCAUUUACUCUACAACAAGAAAAUCAAUGAGCAUCCGGACCAUGUUGUUGUUAUCAAAUAUGUUCCGUUUGUCAAAGACUCGAAACGUGCAAUGGAUGAAUAUAUCUCGUCGAUAUUCAUGAAUGGCCUCAGUACAAUUGCAAUUCAUAAUACGUGUGAAGAUUCGCUGUUAGCAUCACCAUUAAUCAUUGAUCUAGUUAUUUUAACUGAAUUAAUGACGCGUAUUACAUAUAAAACGAAUAACCAAGAUGAAUAUCAACCAUUCGAACCUGUCCUGUCGAUUUUAUCAUAUCUUUUAAAGGCACCUUUAGUUCCACCGGGUACACCGGUGAUCAAUGCACUGUUCAAGCAACAUCGGUGCAUAACGAAUAUUCUUUCAGCAUGCGCUGGUAUUGCAAUGGACACCGAUAUGCUCUUGGAAUACAAGACAACUUUACCUCAGCCGAAGAAAAUUCAGAAUUGA